CUUUCUACCUGACUCACAACAUGUGUGUUCGCACUCUGCUUCUUACAUCUUUGCGAAAUGCAAUUUAGCUUGGAUUUUGGUCGCUCACAUCGUGACUUCUUCACAAUCCUCCACACUUUUCCUUCUCUUCUCAACUCACCGCCUCCAACCUCCAAUCUAAUCUGAAUCCACCGCCAACCCUACCAAUGCUCGCAACGGGGACCACCGAGUCCGCCUCAAAUUGGGACUUUACCCAGGUGUUUGACAUUCUCAAGUCUCCCACCUACGGUUUUAAUGCCCGAUUUGCUCAAGAGAUCAAUCGCUACUGUUCUCCGUCCAGUGACGGACACUCAAACCAUGGCCUCACCCCCAGUGCCAACAGUCGGCCCGAUGAGAUCAAACGUCAGCGAAGCUACCCAAAACUCGGGGAUUUUGGCUUGAUCUGGGACCUUCUGAACAAGGACUCACCAUCUCCGAAUAAUGAUUUUAUGCCUGCAGAGUCCCCGCUGCCUUCACUCGAUCGACACUCGGCUCUCACGAUUCUGAGGCAACCUGUCCAUGAUGAACACGCCAAAGGGACAAUCUCAAUCCCUCGCAAGUCUGUCCCGGUAGUAAAGCUUUCGACACCUUCUGUUACCAAAGAGAAGGACCUCAACCGAUCUUCUCGUAAUCCACCAACCCCCUCUCAACAACCCAUCUCAAUCUUAAAGCGCGCUGCCGGCGGCCAUCCUAUCGAGAACGAUGUUACAGCUACAUCGUCUCCCCAGACUCUACCAAGGGCGAUUGGCCAUCCUUCCAAGCCAACAGAAAUUUCCAAUGUCAACAACAGGACCAAGGAUAAUGGCAAGGUCACUAAGUCUCAUCUCAACCCCGAACCAAUUCUUUCAGAAAGUAGCACCGGCGUGUACUCCGACUCGAGUGCUGUUGUGUUUGAUCAGCCCAUCACCAAGAAGUCUGGAGUCCUACUAUUCGUUCCAACCCAGGUGGGCAGUCGCGAUGAACGAGGCCACCACGAGGACACUCCGCCAUCAUCCUACGACGAGGCUGACUGGGGUUUCGCCUCGAACACAACCUCGAAUACCGCUCAAAACAUCAUUAUCACCUCCGCCGGGAUCCAAGUCCUUCCCGCUGCUUACGAAACUGCAUCGGAGCGCCGAUUCGGUUUGGUGACAAUGCUUCUCCGGGAUUUCCCUGAGUACGCUCAGCUUGCAUCGCAAGUGUUGUCCAAGAAAAGUGUUGAACCCCGUCCAAUCCAUGUCUUCGUUGACAUGUCCAAUAUUAUGGUGGGUUUCCACGAUUCGGUGAAAGUCUCGCGGAAGAUCCCUGUCACCACCCGGAUUCGUCGUCUACACAUGUCCUUUGCCAACUUCUCUUUGAUUAUGGAACGAGGCCGUCCAGCUGCCAAGAGAGUCUUGGUGGGUUCGGAUCGACUGCCUUCUAUCACCGAGGCAGAAGAACUCGGUUAUGAAGCCAACAUUUUGGAUCGUGUGCACAAAGCUAAGCACACGAAACCACGCCCCUCUAAGUUCCGCAAGGCCCACGGGUUUUCAAACAACCCCACAUCCGGACCUGAAACGGCCGGCACGGCUGGGGAGCGAUGGGUUGAACAAGGCGUGGACGAAAUUCUGCACCUGAAGAUGCUGGAGAGCAUUGUGGAUACCGACGAACCGUCGACGAUUGUCCUGGCGACCGGCGAUGCCGCGAUCGCUGAAUACUCUGGUGGUUUUAUGCGUAUGGUUGAGCGCGCUCUUCAGCGCGGCUGGUGUGUGGAAUUGGUCAGUUUCUCCCUGGUGACCAGUUAUGCGUACCGGCGGAAGGAAUUCCGCGAGAAAUGGGGCUACCAGUUCCGCCUGAUCGAGUUAGACCCCUAUGUGGAGGAACUCUUCGAUUGAAUGAUGCGAAAGUUCAGGUCGAUUAUGGUUUGGGCUCAUAUGCCAUUUUUAGUCUUAUGGUUGCAUAAUCUUUGAAAUCAGAUUAAUGGUAUCCCUAUUGGGAUCCUAUGCUUCCUAAAGUGUAUGUUUUGCUAGGUAAAAGGUUGG